AAAGGAUUACGAGGGAGCUGUCAGUUGACUGGUCUUGUCGCUCCCAGUGAAUCCCAGGAGGCGUCUCCUUAAACCACCUCUGGCUUUGUCUUCAAGGCUACUCAAGCCAUCCCCGUGCUCUUUGCUUCUGGCUUCUCAUGGGGUCCUCUGUGGCCAGAGCCGGGCUCCUCCUGGCACUCGAGCUAGCGCUCCUGGACCCAGCUGGCUGCCUACAGCACCGUCCCGGCUGGCGCUUCUCUUCUUUUGAAGUGGUGAUUCCCCGCCAGCUAAGCAGCCGAAGAGCCCUCAGAGGAUCCAGCGGCGCUCUUGCUGAAGUCCCCGGGAGGCUCUCCUACUCGCUGCGCUUUGGUGGCAGAAGGUACGUGGUCCAUAUGCGGGUCAAGAAGUUCCUGUUGCCCAGACACCUCCCGAUCCUAGUGGACGAUAAGCAAGGAGCUCCCCAAGAGGAGUAUCCAUAUGUCCCGAACGACUGUUACUACCAUGGCUAUUUGGAAGGGAUCCCCGCGUCCAUGGCUGUCUUGAACACCUGCCAAGGGGGUCUCCGAGGGACUUUGCAUUUGGAUGACUUCACCUAUGAAAUCGAGCCUCUCCACAGUUCUUCCCAGUUUGAACAUGUGUUAUCCCAGCUGGUGCCAGAAGAAGGGGAGGCUGGGCAGAAUCUUUUUCGAUGCAGUUUAACAAAUGAAAUGAAUGAACAGCUUUCCUACUCAGUGACUGGCCUUCGUCCUCGGGCAGGUCCCUUUAGCCACUGGUGGCCGCACAUCCGCUAUUUAAAAAUUGCGAUUUGCGUUAGCAGCUCUAGAGUGGACACUCAUAACAGGAAUCUUACUAUUCACAUUGACCAAAUGGUGACUUUGACUCAUAUAGUUGAUUCCAUUUAUAAGCAGUUUCGGAUUUUUACAGUCCUAGUUUUUCUGUAUCUUUGGCAAUAUUCCGAUAAAGUACCGCUAAUAGGAUCUUCAUCUGAAAUAGCAGAACAUUAUGGAUUGUGGAAAAAUUUAGUGAUCUCUAACAACUUUCCACAUGAUACUUCAGCCCUAGUUACUGGAAACAAGGCAGGGGAAACUGGUUAUGCUGCUUUUCCAAACUCAAUAUGCAAUGGCAACUGGGCAGCAAUAUUAUUAUGGUUUCAGGAUGACAGGGUCUUUUAUUAUUCAGUAAUCUUGGCGCAUUAUAUAGGUCACAACUUUGGCCUACCUCAUGAUCAGAUCUACUGUCAUUGUAUCCGAAGGUCACAUUGUCUCAUGGAAGACCAUCCACUUUUUUCUGAUUCUCUCAGUAAUUGCAGUUAUGGACGGUUUUUUGAUUUAGUUAAUUACUGGGAUCAAUGUUUAAACAGACUUCCAAACGUUUAUGAUAACUAUGCUUAUUCAUUUCGUCUUUGUGGUAAUAAGAGAAUAGACAUAAACGAACAGUGUGACUGUGGUUCAGUUAAAGAAUGUCUUGAGGAUCCCUGUUGUAGCAUGAGGUGUGAGCGGACCCCUAAUUCUGACUGUGCUUAUGGACCAUGCUGCGAAAGCUGUCACUUUAGAGCUUUGGGGUUACUUUGCAGGCGUGCAUUCAGCACCUGCGAUCUUCCAGAGUUCUGCAAUGGAAGUUCUGCCUUCUGCCCUCUAGAUAGCUAUGUCCAAGAUGGAACGCCAUGCACCGCAAAUGCCAUUUGCUUUAAAGGGAAUUGUACUGACCGACAUAUACAAUGCAGAGAAACGUUUGCUUCUACUCGUGUUGUAAAUGCUAAUGAUGCCUGCUACGAACAGUUGAAUGUGAAAGGAGAUAGAUUUGGAAACUGCGGAGUGGAGACUCAAAAGAAAAAUGAUUCUAAAGGAGAGAAGCAGAAAGAAAUAAAAUACAUUACUGUGCCUUGUCGACAAUCAACUGUCAAGUGUGGAAGGCUGCAAUGCGAAGGUUUGCAGACAAUGCCAAAUUUAGAUGAGCACAUUACAAUUCACCAAAUAGUAGUAAAGAAGGACAGAAGAGAUAUUACAUGUUUUGGGACAGAAUAUCACUAUGGGACAGGGUGGAUAGAUUUUGGAAUGGUGUGGGAUGGGUCAAAGUGUACCAAAAGCACAAUGUGCUUAAAUCAGAUAUGUGUUCCUAUAGCACAGUUGCGUUUUGACUGUAGUCCUGAGAAGUGUAACUAUAGAGGUGUUUGCAACAACCAUAAAAAUUGUCAUUGUCAGUUUGGCUGGUCUCCACCAUUUUGUACUCUGUUGGGUUAUGGUGGAAGCCUAGACAGUGGACCUACUGAAAACGAUGACACUGAUUUUAUCCUUUUUGCAAUUUUGGUUUUUGUCCUUAUUCGCAUUAUUUUAUUCUUCGUAUCAUUCAGUAUGGCGGUUGUGGCAUACAUCCGAAGAACUACGAAAAGUAGCACCAGCAUCAUGGACUAGGGUCUUUUUUCCCCUCUAAGGCCAUCAACAACUUGAAACACCCCAAAAGGAAAAUGAACGUUCUGACAACAAGGUGAUUUGGUUCUGAAAGCAAAAAAAUAAAUUUCUUUGAUACUUG